GGUGGGCGCGGCCCCGGCAGGCGGCUUAGCCGAGCGCCGAGAUGAGCCUGGCCGAGGGCCGCGCCCCGCGGAGAACGGCCGGGAAUCGCCUCUCGGGGCUGCUCCAGGCCGAGGAGGAGGACGAGUUCUACCAGACCACCUACGGCGGCUUCAACGAGGAAUCCGGGGAUGACGAGUACCGCGGGGAGCACUCGGACAGCGAUGACGAGGUGGACUCGGACUUCGACAUCGACGAGGGCGACGAGCCGGGCUCGGAGCAGGACGAGGCCGAGCCCCGGCGCCGCCGCCGCGUCCUCACCAAGGCCUACCGGGAGCCGCUCAAGAGCCUCCGGGCCAAGAAGGCGGAGGGGACGCGGGGAGGAGCCCAGAAAAGCCGGGAGGUGAAAUCCGUGCCCUUGGAGCUGCAGGAGGAUGUGGGAGACAGCCGGAAGCACAUGCGGCAGUCCACCACGGAGCACACCCGGCAGACGUUCCUGCGGCUCCAGGAGCGCCAGGUGCAAUCCAAGAGGAAAAAGGGAGGCCCCAACUACGAGAGGCCUCUGACCCAGGAGGAGCUGCUGGAAGAGGCCAAGAUCACCGAGGAGAUCAACCUGCGAUCCCUGGAGAACUAUGAGCGCCUGGAGGCCGACAAGAAGAAGCAAGUGCAGAAGAAGAGGAAGAUCGUGGGGCCCGUCAUCCGUUACUGGUCCCUGACCAUGCCCCUCCUGCCCGAGCCUGGCCGCGACGACCCCGUGGACGUCGAGGGGCUGGAUCCCGACUCCCACUCCUCCUCCUCCUCCUCCUCCCCGUUACCCGCCGGGAAAUGCUCCCGCACCUUCAUCUCCUUCAGCGACGACGCCACCUUCGAGCGCUGCUUCCCCAAAUCCAAAGCGCCGCGGCUGCCGGUGCGGGAGCUGUGCCCGGUCACCCACAAACCGGCGCUCUACCGCGAUCCCAUCACCGACAUCCCCUACUCCAACGCCCGCGCCUUCCGCAUCAUCCGCGAGGCGUACCGCAAAUACAUCACCGCGCACGGGCUGCCCAGCGCCGCCGCCAUGGCGGGGAGCAGCGACAGCCCCGCCGCAGCGCCGCGCCCGGGGAGGCAGAAAAUCGUCAUCAAGCAGAGCGUGCCCAGCGCCUGAAAUCCCGGGAUUUGGGGAUGUUGGAAUCCCGGGAUUUGGGAUUUGGCGGGAUCGGGAUAUCGGCGUGGACGGCGGCGAUCGUUUCCUUGAGGAGCGACCGGGAAGAGCGGCAGGAAAUGGUUGUGGAAUGAAAUGUUCCCAGUGCCUGAAAUCCCAGGAUUUUGGGAUUCUGGAGUGUUGGGAUUUUGGGAUUUGGGAUUUGGGUUGUUGGGGUUUAGGGAUUUUGGGAUUUGGGAUGUUUGGGUUUCAGGGUUUGGGAUUUUGGGCUCAUCCACAGCGAUGGUUUCGUUGAGGAGCUCCCAUCCCAAACAACAGAAAUUUCGUCAUCAAAUGAAACAUUCCCCGUGUCUGAAAUCCUGGAAUUCUGGGAUUUUGGGAUGUUGGGGCUUUGGGAUUUGGGGAUUUGGGAUGUUUGGGGUUCUGGGAUUUGGGAUCCCAUCACCGACAUCCCCUACUCCAACGCCCGCGCCUUCCGCAUCAUCCGCGAGGCGUACCGCAAAUACAUCACCGCGCACGGGCUGCCCAGCGCCGCCGCCAUGGCGGGGAGCAGCGACAGCCCCGCCGCAGCGCCGCGCCCGGGGAGGCAGAAAAUCGUCAUCAAGCAGAGCGUGCCCAGCGCCUGAAAUCCUGGAAUCCCGGGAUUCAGGGAUUUUGGGAUGUUGGAAUCCCGGGAUUUGGGAUUUGGCGGGAUCGGGAUAUCGGCGUGGACGGCGGCGAUGGUUUCCUUGAGGAGCGACCGGGAAGAGCGGCAGGAAAUGGUUGUGGAAUGAAGCGUUCCCAGUGCCUGGAAUCCUGG